ACUUUUCCGCGCUGAUGGCGGCGAGCGGCCAGGAAGUGGCUCAGCAGCAAAUUGAUGAAAUCGAAGCCCUCUCGUCCAUAUACGGUGAAGAUUGGUGUGUUGUUGAUGAAGAUGGGAAAAUCUAUUGCAUUAAGAUUGGUGACUGUCUGGAUCAACCAAAGUGGACCCUCUGCCUGCAGGUGAUUUUGCCUCCAGGAUACCCAACUUCAGAGCCACCUAUUUAUCAACUGAAUGCUCCUUGGCUUCGGGGACAAGAUUACACUGAACUAGCAAAUAGCUUGGAAGAAAUAUAUAUACAGAACCUUGGUGAAAGUAUUCUUUACUUGUGGGUGGAGAAGAUACGAGAAGUUCUGGUGGAAAAGGCACAGUCAUCAAAUUCAGAACCAGAUAUUAAGAAAACCACUGAAGAAGUUGAUGAAGACAAUGGGGAUGAUUUUCUCCUAGACUAUCAGCCUGUUCAGGAAGAUCCGGUAGAAAUUUUAAGUUAUAUCACAUCUGAAAGUCAAGAAGUAGAUGAAGAACUGCCGAUGAUACAUCAUGGAAACCCACUCACGGAUCGAAGGAGUACAUUCCAGGCACAUCUGGCUCCCGUGGUGACACCCAGACAAGUAAAGAGAGUUCUUGAAAAAUUAUAUGAGAAUAAGAAAAUUGCAAGUGCCACCCACAACAUAUAUGCAUACAGGAUAUACUGUGAAGAUAAGCAUACGUUCUUACAGGACUGUGAAGAUGAUGGGGAGACAGCAGCUGGUGGACGUCUUCUUCAUCUUAUGCAGAUUUUGAAUGUCCAGAAUGUGUUAGUUGUGGUAUCCCGCUGGUAUGGAGGUAUUCUGUUAGGACCAGAUCGUUUUAAACAUAUCAACAAUUGUGCAAGAAAUAUACUUGUGGAAUACAACUAUGUACAUUCAGUGGAAGAAUCAUCCAAACCAGCAGGAAAGAACAAAAAGAUAAGGAAGGACAACAAGAAGAGAACAGAACACUAAUUUACUAAUUUAUUUCUAGAAACUAUAAAAGAUUACUUUGCACAUAUUUAUAGAAAGGAAACAUGGACAUUAAUGCCUUAUGAAAUACAAAGUUUUGUAUUCAAAAGGGAAUUUAGUAAAGCUAUAUCUAUUUUUU